UCAAACACGCCUCGAAGCGGUUCUUCGAUAGCUCGACAAGUGAGUUCCCAGCAGUACAUCACUAGUUUGCUCUUAUGAGAUCCUCGUGCUUGGACUUCUUCACGGCCAUAAGAUCAAGCAAAGGUGCGUAAGGGAUUUCCCAUUUCACUUGUCCAUACACUGAGGUGUCUAAUGGCUUCCAGCUCAGGGCUGUCCAUGUGAGAAUUGAAUCUGAGAAGAGAAGGGCAGACACUUAAAGAGAGAGAAGAGUUUACCACAGAGCAUGGCCUCUGCCAAUGAAGAUGGCAUGGAUGAAAGAACAGUGGAGAUUAAAGAAGAGGACUGUGAGCGGCUCACACCAGAAGAUGUGCCUGUGAAGCUGGAAGAUCAUGAAGAAAGAAUUUCAGUUUUUAAAGAGGAGGAGGAGUGCAAGGCGGUGACUGCUGCCAUUACAGCUGAGGAUUUGAAUGAUCUCUCUGUUGGUCUUGAACUUCAAAAGCAUGAAACUGAAGAUGUUUUCAAGAAAGAUGCCUGUGAAGAAUCUCUCUGCAGUUUACAGUCCUGGUCCACUGAUAUAGGACGACUGGCUACACAGGAGAAUUCGGCAGAACUGACAUCAGAGUUAUUGGAGUCUGAAGAGAAAAUCACCGAGGGAAAUGUGAGAGAAUUGGAAGAGUCACCUAGGAGUGUUGGAAUAAAUUUACAGAAGAACGGCAUCUUCUCUCCACCUUCAUUUGGUCAGCCCUCUCCUCAAUACAAUGAGAAAGGUAUGAAGAAAUCAGCAGGAGGAUCAGAGAACCUGACGGCAACUUUUUUGCAGUGCAGUUCUGUCCAUGCUACUGGAGUAACACAGACAGAAAAAAUCAAAACUGAUCGACAGCAAGUGGAGUUAGAAAUCCAAAUUCAAGCUGGAAAAAAAUGUUUGAAAUGUGGAAAACAAUUUAAACACAAACGUAAUCUUAAUAAGCAUAUAAAGAUUCACACUGGAGAUAAAACAUAUUGUUGUUAUGAAUGUGGUAAGUCGUUCUUAAGGAGAGGCCAUCUUCAGGAACACAGAAGAAUCCACACUGGAGAAAAACCUCAUUGUUGUCCAGAAUGUGGAAAGUCAUUCUCAUGUAUAAGCAAUUUCCAGUACCACAGAAGAAGCCACACAGGAGAAAAACCUCAUUGUUGUCCAGAUUGUGGUACAUUGUUCUCAAGCAGAAGAAAUCUUCAGAACCACAUAAGAAUCCACACAGGAGAUAAACCUUAUUGUUGUCCAGAAUGUGGAAAGUUGUUCUUAAGGAGAUGCGACCUUCAGAGACACAGGAGAAUACACACUGGAGAAAAACCUUAUUGCUGUCCAGAAUGUGGUGCGUUGUUAUCAAGCAAAAGCUGUCUUCAGAACCACAGAAGAAGCCACACAGGAGAAAAACCUCAUUGUUGUCCAGAAUGUGGUAAGUCAUUCUCAAGGAGAAGCUAUCUUCAGAGGCACAGAAGAAUCCACACAGGAGAAAAACCUCAUUGUUGUCCAGAAUGUGGAAAGUCAUUCUCAUGUAUAAGCUAUCUUCUGAGGCACAGAAGAAUCCACACAGGUAAAAAACCUCAUUGUUGUCCAGAUUGUGGUAAGUCAUUCUUACAUAGAAGCAAUUUUCAGAUCCACAGAAAAAGCCACACAGGAGAAAAACCUCAUUGUUGUCCAGAAUGUGGAAAGUCAUUCUCAUGUAUAAGCUAUCUUCAGAGGCACAGAAGAAUUCACACAAGAAUUUAACCUCAUUGCUGUUCAGAGUGUGGUAACUCAUUCUCCAGUAGUCACCAUCUUCGUAGGCACAGAAAAAUUCACACAGGAGAAAAACCUGAUUGCUCUCCAGAACGGGCAAAAUAAAUCUUCUAACAAAUGUAGUUUUCAAAGGCAUAUAGAAAUUGAUAAUGGAGAGAAGCCAUCUUGCUGUUCUCAUUGUGAAAAAAGGUUUUAAACAUUAGCUCUUUUCAAGUAAACACACAAACUCCCACUAAAGUGAAAAUGCAGUAUGUGUGUUCUGAAUGUGACAAAUGCUAUACAAGCCAGAAAGGUCUUUAUCCACGUCCCAAAAUCCAUACUGAAGAAAAAUCUCAUUGCUGUUCUGAAUGUGAAAAACGAUUCUUAUAUUUAAGCACACUUCAGUGUCACAUCACAACUCAUACUGGAGAUAAACUUUAUUGUUGUCCUGAAUGUGAUAAGCAGUUCUCACAACAAAGCACCAUAAAAAGUCACAUGAGACAUCACACUGGAGAGACACCUCACCUUUGCCUGGAAUAUGGCAAACAAUUCUCACUCCUCAAUUCUCUGUGUAAUCAUAGGAGAAGCCGUACUAGAGAGAAGCCUUACAGUUGUACUGGAUGUGGAAUGUGAUUCUCAUAUAACAGUUCUCUUCACAAUCAAAAAAUAAUUCUUUCUGGUAAGAUACAAAGCUCUUGUGACUGUGGCAAGCUUUUCUCAGACAGCACGACUCCUAAAGAUCACAUGAGAAUUCACUCUGGAGAGAAACCUUAUUGCUGGCCAGAGUGUGGCAAACGAUUCUCACGUCCAAACGCAGUUCGCUGCCACAGAAAGAUUCAAACUAUAGAGCAGCAGUACACUUGUUCUGAAUGUGGUAAAGGGUACUCUUCCAGAAAAAGUUUUUGGAGAUACACACAAAGUCAUAUUGGAAUAAAGACUGUCCCAGAAAUGUCAAAUUAUCCUCGGGCAAAAAAAAAAAAAAUGAAGAAAAAUCUUCUGAAUGCGGUAAAAGACUACAGUUGAGAGUAGUUAAUAAAUACAUAAGAAUAGUGGAGAAAACACUGAAAGUGGCAAACAGAUCGUAGAUAUAAGGUAACCUCAGAGCCACAUAUGAAUUCGCACUGGAAUACAACACAUAUUUCAAAAACAGCAAGAAUCUUCUUCCACAACUUAUAAAAAAACAUCAUUGACAUCCUAAAUGUGGUUAAUCCUUUUCAGACAGUGGUGUCCUUCAUAUUCAUAAAUGACUGGCCUACUUGUGGUAAGCCUCUUAGCUGUUCUGAAUGUUGAAUGUGGUCCUCCUGUAUCAGCCGUCAUCAGCAACACUUAAGAUUUCAUGAAGGACACAGAAACUGUACUGCCAGGACAUCAGCCAUACAGGGACUGAUCAUCUCUGCACCAGUGCUGUGACAUAAGAUGGUGAACAAUACAAACACCAGACAACAGAAUGAGGUACUGUGUGGUGAUAACUUCAACCACAGAGCACAACUGAAAAACUGAAUGUACAUAAUAAAAAAAUGGAGAAGUCAAAUCAAAUCCACAGUGCGGUGCCAACUACUAGGAAGUGCCACUGACAACAAGGGGAAUAUUUUUGUUUAUGAGCUUUGGAGAUGGGGCCUUAUCUGAGGAGCAAUGAACUUGUAACGUCUCUGGGAUGUCAUCUGAUGGCUGAUGCCUGGGCCGAGUACAGACAGCCGUUCUUAACCCUGAUAAUGAAGAAGUCAUUUAGUGACGUCAGCUGACAGCUAACGCCGUUCAAUCAGAUACUGGGGAGGGACAGUCGAGGAGGACAGGAGACUAAAAAGAGAGCCAUCACAUGACAGACCAAUGGAGAGGGGCUUUAUAAGACUUUUACACUAAUUUAUGUUAUAAUUUAUAAAUGAUAAGAGUCUUUAUAAACCAAACAUGUUUAUUAGCUGUGUUUCAAGGGUGAGUCCAAAAGUGGGAAAUUAAGAAGAUCUAAAUAUAAAUAAAUUGAAACAUUCAGAGUUCAAAGAGAAAUGUUUAAGAUCUGAAAAGGGAUUCACAACAGCAUCUUAGGGUUAGCACGGGGGACAACAGUUAUGAAUAAUUUCAAUUAAUGUGUAGAAGAAACAUCAUUUAAAAUAAUAAUAAUGUUAUGAAAAAUGGGAUACCAUAAUGAAUGCAGAAUACAAUGAAAAUGAAAUGAACUGAUUGUAUUGUCUGACAUGUAAGAGAUAAAGGAAAGACAAAGCAGAAAUACACAGGGAUCUCUGCUGACCCAGCUGUUCAUUUGAUAAAUUAACCUAAAAAUAUAACAGAUGUCACUUUGCUCCAUGUCAGUAUAUCCUGGGGUGGUGUGUGAAGGACGCUUUAUACUCCGAAUGUUUUUGUUCAGGUUUCAGUUUGAGUUCACCACCUUCUUCAUAUCAAUACCCAAGACAAUAUUUCUUCAUGUCGAGGCUACAAGCCGGAGGCCACAGGACCUCUAAUAAACUCCAACAACUGGAUGGCGAUUCGAUAUAUAUAGGUAGAUAGAGAGAUAGAUAGAUCAUUAUUGUCAUUGUCACUUUUACAAAAGAACAAUGAAUUUGAAGGUGCAGGCGACUCAGAAUGAGGCAUAAGAGUUAAAAAGACAAGAAGAGAGAAAAUAAUGACAAACUGAAUAUUAAUUAAAAUUUGCACUUGUUAUAUAUACUAAUUGCAAUGGUUGACUUAAGGUCUAUUUUGCACAUUGGUAUAAUGAUGUCGAGCAGUUUUAUUCUGAGUUCAGGGCCAUGAUUUCUUUUGGAUAUAAUCUGUUUUUAAGGAUGUUUGUACUGGAUUUCAUUGCUCUGUGUCUCUUACCCGAUGGCAACAGCUGGAAGAUGCAAUGACCAGGUGAUGAAUCCUGUGAAAUGUCUAUUGCUUUUUUGUGCCAUCGGGACGUGUAGAUUUGUUCCAGAGUGGGGAGGGUACAACCAAAUGUUCUCUUCGCUGUCCUGACGAUCCUGUGGAGCUCUUUCCUUUGUGAGGAAGCGCGGCUACUGUACCAAACACACAGUUUGUAUGUAAGCACAUUCUCGAUGGAACAGUGAUAAAAGGCAAGGAGCAGUUUUUUUGGGAGAUGGUUCUUUCUAAGGAUACUCAGAAAAUACAUUUUCUGCUGCACCUUCUUCAGGAGCUCCUUGGUAUUGGCACUCCAGCUCAAUGCCCACAAACCUGAACACCGGGACCCUCACCACAGAGGCCCCACCAAUGAUGAGCGGCUGGAUGUCAGUUUUGUUUUUUCUAAAGUCAAUAACCAGCUCCUUAGUUUUUGUGGUAUUGAGGAGUAGGUUAUUGACUCUGCAUCACUCUGACACCUGCUCCACCUCGACCCUGUAUGCCAGCUCACCCUCCUGAGAAGGUCAGACUUGUAAAACGUGAACAAAGCCAGCUGCCCUCCCUGGACUGUCUUCAUUCAGAAGGACUCACCUGAGUGGUGGGAUUGUUCUGCGGCGCUCAUGUUAGCCGACAUUUCAUCAGCUUGCUUUCUGCGUUUCAUCUGAUAACCAGCAGAGUUAAUCAAAGAUGAGCCAGGCCUGUUACAAUGUGAACAUUCUUACAUUUUGGUUUGCUUUAAAUAUUUUUUCUGCUUCUCUACUUUGAGUUCUUGGAGGCCUUGUACAUCAGAGAUUAUUAAUACAUUAGCAUUUGGUUGUUAAUGAAUUGACAAUUAAUAAACUUUUUA